UUACUAGCCGAAAUAAUGGAUUGCAGUAAUUGCGACUAUGCUACUUUGGUAAAUAUUGCAACUGGAGACAGCCUAAUAGAAUCGGAAGUCCACUGGCACUCCAUUUUCUUGAUCUUCUUGUUGUAAAUUGUUGUGCAGGACUAACGUUUCGUUCACAUCCAAUCCUUUGAUUGAGAAACUUCUAAGCGACCGUUCCUCUGUUUAUCUAUCCUUCAUAGCUCAAAUCUCGAGAAUUAUUCGAUCUCUCUUCCAAACCAUGGAAUACCUACGUGAUGCAAUAAACUCCACUAUUUCCUUCGGCCAGGAUGUUGCGCAAGAACAUAAAACUGCUCUAGCUGUCGGUAGUACGGGGCUUGCCCUUGCUACAGCGCCUAUCACCGGGCCUGCAGUACUAGGCGCGGUUGGUUUCAGCGCCUCGGGGCCUGUUGCAGCCUCAUUUGCUGCAGCAUGGCAAUCUUCACUCGGGGUGGUUCAGGCUGGGAGUCUGUUUGCCACCCUACAAGGUGCUGCGAUGGGCGGUGCUGCUGCGGGAACAUUCACAGCAGCUUCAAACAUUGGGGUUGGGAUGAUGGGAUCUGCAGCAAUCGGAACACAAUGGACUCAUAUAAAAAACGGCAUAUGGUUGAAGCGUGAUGGUGAUCAUUCUGAUACAACUGAACACUAUUGUAAGAGAUUAUUGCCCGCCUGCUUGUCGCUCAAGGCUAACAUAGACGAAGAUGAAGAUUUUCCCAUCGACACCACAAAAUGCAUGAUAAAUGACUCACACGUGGUUGAAGGAAAAAUUCUUUAGAGACCGAAUUUUCGAAAUUGCGCAAAAUAGAUAUGUCCUAGUCGGAGAGAGGGGUUGGGUAGUUUGCCCA